CGGCAGCGGCAGCGGCAGCAGCAGCAGCAGCUUCCAUGGAGCCCAUAGGCGCCCGCGGCGGGAGCGGCAGUAGCAGCCCGGAGCUGGGCCGGGGUAAGCGACUGAGCGUGGGGGAACUGCGCUCGCUCUUUGAAGCUCGUUGCGAGGCGGCCAGCGAGCAGUUGCCGGAGCCGUCCAAGAAGAGCUGCCGGCCUCGCAAUGGGGUGCUGCAGCCGGUUAUCCCUCAGCUGACCGUCACCCCGGAGGAGGACGGCGAAGAGGCUCAACGCAGCCCGGCCGGGGUCCCCCGGGCGGAGCCUGACGGCGCCUGGCUAACAACGGACAGCUCGCGGCGCCUCUCCACUUCGUCGCUCUCCUCCACCGGCUCGUCGUCUCUCUUCGAGGACUCUGAGGAUGACCUGCUGAGCGACACGGAAGGCAGGAGCCAGGGCAUCGUCCACCUGGAGCACAGCGAGGAAACCCACCAGAAAAAAGCAUGGCAGACAAUAAAAACAAUUGUCAACUUGCCAAUCAUCAGCCCCUUCAAGAAGCGGUACUCCUGGGUGCAGCUGGCUGGUCACACAGGAAGUUUCAAGGCAGCUGAUGGUGGGACAAUUCUGAAACGCUACUCAGAAAAUGAGGAGAAGUGCUUUGAGCUGCUGAGGAAAGAUCGGUUAUACUCCUGUGUCCCUGUCUACCAUGGUGUGGUGGAGAGAGAUGGCGAAUCCUAUAUCCAACUGGAUGAUCUUCUUGCUAACUUUGAGGGGCCUUGCGUGAUGGACUGUAAGAUGGGGAUAAGGACAUACCUGGAGGAAGAACUAACUAAAGCUCGAGAGAAGCCAAAGUUGCGUAAGGACAUGUAUAAGAAAAUGAUUGAUGUGGACCCUCUGGCUCCCACUGCUGAGGAGAACUCACAGCACGCCGUGACAAAACCUCGGUACAUGCAGUGGAGGGAGACUAUUAGCUCCAGCGCUAACUUGGGUUUCAGGAUUGAGGGAAUUAAGAAAGCUGAUGGGACCUGUAAUACCAACUUCAAAACAACCAAGACACGGGAGCAAGUUCGGCAAGUUUUCGUGGAAUUUAUUAAGGGAGAUACAGCUAUAUUGAAAAAAUACUUGAAGCGCCUGUAUGAAAUUCGAACCAUCCUUGAGUCUUCUGACUUCUUUAAACGGCAUGAGGUCAUUGGAAGUUCACUGCUGUUUGUGCAUGAUGAUAAUGGGUGUGCCAAUGUGUGGCUCAUAGAUUUUGGAAAGACUACCCUUCUUCCAGAUGAGCAGACCUUGGACCAUAGGAUCCCUUGGCAGGAAGGCAACUGGGAGGAUGGCUAUUUACUGGGACUGGACAAUUUGAUUGAUAUUUUAGAAAGUAUCUUGGAGAGAUGAGAAGAGACUGGCCCACAAUCUGUGUGGUGUAUUACUCCAUAAUUUUUAACUUUUCCAGAAUCAAUCCCAUGGUUAGAGAGAAACUUUUUAAACAA